AUGGACAACAGCAUUUGUCAAGUUUAUGAAGACGAAAUCCAGUCACUGGAAGAAGAAAUUAAACUAUUGACUGAAAAGUAUGAAGAGAGCCAACAAGAAUCCACCUUUUUUUCUGAUGAGGAGAUAUUAAUGUCAAUAAAAUCAUUACAAAGAGAAUUUGAGGGAGAGUCUAAGGGACAUGAAUCUCCAUCAGACCUGAAAGCUCAACUUGAAAGUCUAGAAAAAGAUCUCUCAUUUUUAAUGAAAUUUACUGGUAUUCAGUUUACAAGUCAUUCCAAGAAAACAGUGGAAAAAACUAGAAGCAGAACAGUGCAGAAGCACAGAUUAUCAGGGAAUUGCCACUCCCUGUCUUUUCAAUUGGAAUUCCAGCUUCUUGAAAUGCAGAACAAAGAGAGUGUGUCUGCUGCUAUUACUGAUCUCAGCAUUAUAAUGAAAUCUGGAGAAGAUUCAGAUAUGAGAAAGCUUGUUUCAAGCACUGAAGAACAUGGAAAUCUUUUAACAUUUUUCAGAAGCCUUUCAUCUUAUGCCGAGUGGUGUGAACAUCGUAGAUGCACUUUCCUGCAUUUCAAGACCAAAUAUCCUGACAUAGUGACCCUGCCGGAAGGACUGCUGGGAGAUUAUAUUAGUCUGAGGAACCCCAAACUUUCUGGGUUUGAAUUAAUGAUUGUUUGGAAGAUACACAUAGAUGGAGAAGGGAGAACUACACCUGUUCUGGACCUUCUGACGAAAGUACCGGAGCAAGUCUUAGAGCAGAAGAUGGCAGCCACUGAAAACGCCCCCUCCCGCUUCCGAAGUCUGCUGCUUCUGUUUGGCAUCGAGGCAGCUAUCGAGAAUCUGAUCAAAGUGGUUGGCUUGGAGAUAUGA